AACUCUCACUAUCUGCUGCUGUUUUUAUUUUAGCAUUCAGAUGGUUCUUGUUUCUGGUGGACUUUGUUUGCCUCUGAUAGUUUUCGAUCACACUUCAGUACUGGACAUAGUGACAUAUUUUACCUAAAGCUUGGCUGCCUUGAGCAGAUGGCGUCCAGCUCCGGAGGUCCUGCGAAUGUGGGCACUGUAAACUCCAGGAGUUUCGCUUUCUCGAAAAUUGCCUUCUACGUUACCAAUUUGGGAAAGAAACCCUAUGACAAUGAGCUUAACCUUCAGGAAUUACAGAAGAUCAUCGAUUCGUAUGGUGUUCAUGCUGAAACUCAUUUGUUGAGGUGUCUCUUCCUUGCUAUUGACUUCAGCGGAGACCCUAAAGUGCAGCAGAAGGAGAAUUCUCAGUUUCAACUGAAGUACCUGCAGAGAGAAUGCAACGAGCUCACGAAAAAGCCCCAUUUUGCAACAUUGAUAUCGACAGCAUUGCACAGUUUGGACCAUAAGACAUUGAAGGCUCCAGUCUUGUUUCAGCAGCUGCUGCAAAUUCUUCAGCUAUCCCUGGUACAACUGACCCUAUUUGCGUUCGCGUUGCUUCAGGACCAAGCGUACGAGGCAGCAGCUGCCUAUUUCCUCAAGUGCAACUUGCAGGACGUCCUUGAUAUCUACUGCAGGCAAGCACGUGAUGAGGUUAGCGCCCAGGUCCCUGGACUACGUGAUCUGGCUGUGGAGGUGAAAUUGGAGAUAGUUCACUUCAUCCUAGCCAGUGGUGAUGACCUGACUGGUCUUUCACCCAGUCAGGUGUCUACGUUUCUGAAUGCCUUGAGACAAGACUAUCCAAGAGAUCGUGUGCCAGCUAUUCUUGCACCUUGGUUAUACCAUGACAUUGAACACCAGACGAGAAGCGAACCAGUUCCGUUUACACAUCCUCCACCAGUUCCUGUGGAGUCGCCCGAGUUGAUCUUACGGGAGUUGGGAUAUGGCACGAUGGCAACGCUUGCUGAUGCCGAGGCGUUCUUUCGCCGUGUAUCGGGUGGAGACUUGAAGCCGAGCGUGGUAGCGAGAUGUUUAGGUAUGAUGGCAAGCUCUCACACGGGUCUUCCCGAAAGCGUUGCCUUCCCUCGUUCAUCUGAUGGGUCGUCUGGCUGGGACAAGACCGACACGGUGUCAACCUGGAGUGUGGACAAGUUCGUUGACGCUGUGAUGUUGGUUAAUGGUGAGAUGGACUGGACGGCUGUGAUGACCCUGCUGGAUCAGCCAGGCUUCCGUCUGUGCGAUGUGCGUGGCUUCCACAUGAUUCUGCAGGCGUUUGAGCGCGGCUCGCAAGGCGCCAUUUUCCCAGUGGCCGUCUUGAUGCGCGAGUGGAAGAACACGCAGGGCCAACUGUCGGUCAUCGCGCAAGCACUGUCACCCAACUCCGAAUUCAACUUUGCGGACUUCCCUCUUAUGAAGGCUGCCUACGAGCACCUCAAAGUGCAGCCCAAUGAGAAGGAGCCAUCAGUCAUGUGCUGGACUGUCUUGGAGUUGCUAAGUGCCCUUUUCCGCUUGUCCGAAGUGGGUCAUUUUGAAGCAGUGGCAGCGCUGUUUGUAGCACCUUCGAAUCAAUGUCCCGAUGUAUUGCUCCUCAGCAUAUUGCAAGCCAGGCCCAUGCAUUGGUGUACUAUGCAGCAGAAGCUGUGCACCCGACUUGUUCCUCUGUUUUUCAACAAGCAUGACAACUCAACUGUUGUUCUCAACUACACUUGGAAUGCCCAGGCACCUGGUAAUAGUGUGCACACCUUGAUGAUGCAAUCAAUGGCGGAGUGGUACCAGGGCGGUGAUAAAUUUGAUCAGAUGCGCCUCUCUCGAAUAUUGGAUGUGGCGCAAGAGCUAAAGGGUCUCCUGAUGUUGGUAAAUAGUAAUGACAUGCCAAUGCCGUUUGUAGUUGAUCUAGCUGCUCUAGCCUCUCGCAGAGGAUACUUGAAGCUGGACAAAUGGCUCCAUGACAGGAUGCGAGACCAACAGGAGAUGUUUGUGCAGGGUUGUCUGUCGUACAUUCGCCAUCGGACGUCCUUGCAUGGACCCAUCAACGCCUCGGCAAUUGUGGAUCGACCCGGCGCUCUCCCCCUGGAGACUAUCACCACUAUGCUGGCUUGCAUACAGUCCUACUCGCCAAUGGCACCAGAAACUCACGACCAACUGCAAAUGCUGCUGAAGCUUUUCGGACCUAUACCGCCCAAGCCGCGCUCUGUGGCCACUGCUCCUGGUCCUGGCGGAGUGCCUCGGCCCGUCAUGCCAAACGUUAACCAGCCCAAGACACCGUACGACCCGAUGCAGUCCUCGAUGGGCAUCCCGCCGCAAGUUCCGCUACAGCAACCGCCCGUUCAGCUUCCAGCACAGGUUGCACUGUCCGCUCAGCAGAUCGGCCAUCACCAGGGUGCCGUUGGCGGUGGUGCCGUUGGCGGUGGUGCCGUUGGCGGUGGUGCCGUUGGCGGUGGUGGUGCCAUUGGCGGCGGUGAGAUUGGCAGUGAGAAGUCCAUGGGCAAUCUGCCUCAGCCUCAGUACACCGGCGCCUCUCAGCCAGGCGCUGGAUCUACGUCUUCGUUUGGCAACGCCGGGAUGAACCCGCUCGUAGCUCAGGGCGCUGCGCCAGCCCCCAGGCCAGCACCAGCACCGCCGGUGGUGUCCAGCUCCUCGGCAGGCAAUGUUUCACAAGCUACUGGCGACCUUGCUCGCAAGCAGAACUCCGUUCCGAACAUGGAUACAACCUUUAGUCUGGAGGUGGAGGAGGAAGCAAACAACAAUUUCAAGGGUCUCUACAAUCGUGCUAUUACCAUUGACACUGUCCUGGAGAUGCUACGCACGUACAAAGAGAGCUCUGACCCAAAGCAGAAGGACGUUUUCCAGUGUAUGCUUCGGAAUCUAUUUGAGGAGUACAAGUUCUUCAGUAGCUAUCCUGACAAGGAGCUGCAGAUCACAGGACUGCUGUUCGGCGGCUUGAUUGAACACAACCUUGUAACGUACAUGUACCUGGGUCUGGCUCUUCGGUACGUACUGGAGUCAUUGCGCAAGCCCGUCACACACAAACUGUUCUCGUUUGGCGUGUCCUGCUUGGAUCGUUUUAAGCACCGGCUAAAAGAGUAUCCACAGUACUGUGGCCAUGUAGCUACUAUCGGCCACUUCAAAGAAUUCCCAACGUCGCUAGCUGAGUAUGUGACGUGCGGCAGGGAAGGCAAGGAGCCACCGACUCCUGAGAGUGCGUUCCGUGGAAUGUCUCACCCUGCCGCCGCUCACCCGGGCCACCCUGGUGGUGCGGUGGCGUCGGCAGCGGUGACGCCAGCUGCUGGUCCUGCUCAACAGUCCCAUGGCCAUGCCGCCAGUGCUACCGCUGCUUCUGCUGUCGGGCGUCCUACUGCUGCUGCUGCUGCUGGUGGCGGUGGUGGUGGUGGAGCGACUGCUGCAGGUAGUAGCAGUGUUGGCGGUGGCGGUAGUGCUGCUAGCACAGAUCCCCUGACACACCAUCCAUCAACCGCUUCUGAAGCAGUUACCAGUGUCGCGCUGCCCGGAUCGCAGGGUCCUCCGCCGCCCACUUCGUCCAGCGGGGCAACGACUGCUUCAACUGCAGUUGCGUCGGUCUUGAGAGAAACGCGUGAUGGCCAUGGUCCCUCAAUUGCCAAUGCUGCUAGUAUUGAUACGUUAGUGACAGGCAUGGAAGGUUCAAGCUCGGAGCACGUGGAGUUACCGCCCGAGGCCGUUCAAGAUCGCAUAUUGUUCAUGUUCAACAACCUUUCGCCGAAGACCUUGGACGAGAAAGUGGAGGAAUUCAAGACACACAUUUCCAGCGACCACCUACCGUGGAUAUCGCAGCAUCUUGUGAUGAAGCGUGUUACCAUGGAGCAGAAUCUCCAUGAGCUGUACGUUUCCUUUCUGAAGGAUAUCGGCAAUCCCGGGCUCGUGGAGCUGGUGUUGUCCGAGACGUACCGCAAUAUCAAGGUUCUUCUUUCGGCAGAAAAGGACAGCACUGGCUUUUCGGAUCGGCUGCUAUUGAGGAACCUUGGCCAUUGGCUUGGUUUGAUGACCUUGGCCCGGAAUCGGCCAAUUCUCUACAAGGACUUGGCAUUGAAGGAUCUUCUUCUUGAAGCACACAGGAGAGGCCAACAGGAUUUGCUUUUUGUCGUGCCGUUUGUGGGGAAGAUACUGGAGGCUUGCAAGGAAACGAAGGUGUUCAAACCACCCAGUCCGUGGCUAAUGGCCAUCAUCGGUGUGCUGGUUGAGCUCCACUCGAUUCCGGAUUUGAAAUUGAACUUGAAAUUUGCUGUCGAAGUACUCUGCAAGGACCUGGGAAUUACUAUGAAAGAUGUCAAGAUGUACGCUUUGCUGAAGGAUCUAGAUCGCCCGAUCAAGGAGCAGUUAGCUACUGCCAAGGAGCGUGCAGCUGCCAGUGGGGAAACAUCGGCGGUGCCUCCGAGUGCACGCUUUGCCUACUCCGACGUCAACUCCACAACCUUCCAGAACAUGGCUCAGUACCUCACUAUCAGUGAUGAUACACCGUUGUUCUCCUCGCACGCCACUUUCAAGGGUUUUGUCAGACCAGCAGUUACUCAAGCCGUGAAUGAGCUCAUGACCCCGGUUGUCGAGCGCUCAAUCAAGAUUGCCAUUGCGACCACGGAACAGAUUGUGCGAAAGGAUUUUGCCCUGGACGGUGACGAGCAGCAACUGCGCCGCUCUGCUCAUCACAUGGUGCGCAACCUUACAGCAGGCAUGGUUAUGAUCACAUGUCGCGAGCCUCUGCUUGUCAGCAUCACCAACCAACUCAAGGCUGCGAUCAACCAGGAUGCUAGCAUGAGAGGGGUACACUCUGGUAUAGACAAAAACCUCGUUGAAGCAGCGUGUAAUCAGGUGGCCACGGACAAUGUUGAGGUUGCAUGUGCGUUCAUACAGAAGUCGGCUGUGGAGAAGGUUGUCCCCGAGAUGGAUAAGAGAAUUGCAGAGGAGAUUGAGGGCCGCCAGCAGCAUCGCCUUGCCGGCCGUCGCUUUGUGAACGAAGCCGUCUAUUCCUAUCAAAUGGAUAACAUGCCAUCUGCUAUUCGCUUGAAGAUUGGCGGAACGGAUCCAAAUCAGCUUGCCGUCUAUGAUGAGUUUGCUCGAUGCCUUCCUGGCUUCUUGCCAUCGGAAAGUUUCAAUGAAUUUACUCAGCUGAUGGAGAAAUGUGCCGCAGAAGUGGAGAACCAUGUGCGUGUGCUACACAGCACACAGAACCACCAUAUGCCCUACAUCAACUUGCUGAGCUCGCUUGCGAGCACCGCACGCCAGAUUGCGAACAACCAUGACAGCACUGGAGCUCUGCUGCUCCUGCAGAAGGCCGUUGACGGGUUCCUGGAAGGCAUGCACCAGAUGCCGCGUGAUCGCGAGCUCAUUGGCCACUUCAGGGAUGGCCAUCUUGCAGUCCUGCGCGCGCUUGCAGACCUGCGUGCAUUCGGUCAGCAGUGGACGAUGAAGAACACAACACGAAUUUGGCACGAAGCACGAGAUGAAAUCAGGUAUUCAGUUGAAUCAGUCACCGUGCUCAUCCGCAGCCAGCUACUGAUUCCAUCUGAACUCGAUAUGUUCGUGGCAAAGAAUAUUGACAAUGGCAACUACCCAGCUAUUGUGUUUGCAAUCCAGUACAUCAAGACAUUUUUCGUCGACAACAAGGGAGAAAACCCAUUGACUGAGAGUGAAGUUGGUCACAUGACAGAUGCCCUGAUACAGGUGGCAAACCGUCAGUCGACCGAAGGCAGCAUGCCCCAGGUUGUCUCUCACAUCCGUUCGCUUCUAACAGUUCUGCCGGCACCACCAGCCAUGGCCGGCGGCGGCAAUGUAGUGGACAGUGACGACGGCAUGUCGGGAAGUCUGACUGUGCCGGGCGAACAGGUGAUCCUGGACAAGCCGUCGAGCGUUGCCAGCGGCUCUGGUCUGGACACCUCCGAUCCUGGCCUGCACAAGAACGAAGACCCGCACGGCAUGUCCGACAAGGUGGAAUACUUGCUGACUGAGUGGGUUCGCCUGCACCACCAGGUGAACUACCCUAUCAAGGAUCUGGACCGGAUGCACGAAGCAUACCUCACUCGGCUGCGCACUGCCAACAUGCUGAAGAAUGAUGACACGAUCACACGCUUCUUCCGCAUCAGCACCGAGCUGUGCGUUGAACUGUGCUACCGAAACCUGCAAGGUGACGCUGGACAAGCAAGCUUGCUGUCUCGCGCCAAGUGUUACCACACAAUGGAUGCAUUUGUCAAGCUGGCGAUAGUCUUCGUGAGGCAUGCUGGAGACGCAGCCAACAUUUCCGGCCGCAUGGGUCUUCUAUCGAAGAUUCUGCAGACGGUUGCGUUUGUCCUGCUGAAAGACCAUGACACUCGCUCUACUGAGUUUCACCAGCUGCCUUACCAUCGCUUCUACAGCAUGCUGCUCCUGGAACUCAGUAUGAGCGGCUUGUUAAUGGAGAACAUUUCGUUUGCCGUAAUGCAGACGUUCUGUGUUGUGUUCCACCAUAUUCGGCCACAGCGUGUACCAGGCUUCGCCUAUGGCUGGCUGGAACUGAUUAGUCAUCGUGUGAUGUUGACCAAACUACUUGGCGCACAGAAUCAAAAGCUUGAUCCUCGCGAAGUGCCAAGACUCGACCGCAAGGGCUGGCCACUAUUCCAGCAGCUGCUGCUGGACAUGAUGAAGUUCAUGGCACCAUUUCUGCGCAACGCAGAGCUACCCAAGCCUCUUCAGCAGCUGUACAAGGGUCUGCUCCGAGUUCUGCUUGUACUGCUACAUGAUUUCCCGGAGUUUCUCUGUGACUACCACUUCGUUUUCUGUGACGUGGUGCCACCCAACUGCAUCCAAAUGCGAAACCUCAUACUGAGCGCUUUCCCACGCAACAUGCGUCUGCCUGACCCGUUCACGCCGAACUUGAAGGUCGAUCAGCUGGCCGACAUUACACAGUUGCCACGCCUGCUCACCAACUUCACUGCUGCUCUCCACCCGCCGGCAUUGAAAGCAGGCUUGGAAACAUACUUGAAGACAAGCUCUCCGAGCAACUUCAAUAACGAGCUUGUCAAUAUUUUACAGCAACCACUGCCUGAUGAAAUCGGCAUGCGCUACAAUGUGCCUCUGCUGAAUGCUGUAGUCCUCUUCAUUGGCACUCAAGCUGUGUCUGGAAUCUUGGCCAAGGGCAGUCCGGUUACCACAUCGACCGUGUCUAACUGUCCGCAUAUGACUAUAUUCCAGCACCUUAUAACUCACCUGGACACGGAAGGACGCUAUCUGUUUUUGAACAGUGUUGCCAACCAGCUGCGGUAUCCAAACUGCCACACACACUACUUCAGCUGUGUUCUGUUGCACCUGUUCCACGAGGCAAGCUGUGAGGCUGUGCAGGAACAAAUCACGCGUGUUCUGUUGGAAAGAUUGAUUGUGAACCGACCACAUCCCUGGGGCCUGCUGAUCACAUUCAUAGAGCUCAUCAAGAAUCCCCAGUACUCAUUCUGGAACCAUCAGUUUGUACACUGUGCGCCGGAGAUCGCUAAGUUAUUUGAAUCGGUAGCACGAAGCUGUACUCAAACCAAGGCCAGGCCAGGCCAGGACCUUGGAGAUGACUGAUGAAGCCGGCAACAGCUGUGAAAAACAAGGCUUGAGAUGUUCUUGCGUAUGUCAUCGUGUUACUGGCCGUGGAGUGGGGAUCUCUACUCCUCAUCAGAGUACAGCAGUGCUGCUACUUUGUGUUUGUCGUCUACCUCUCUCUCUCUCUUGUGUGCUACGCUACAUGCUGCUGUGUAUUUCUUUUUUUAUCCCAUGCCAAGGCAACUGUUCUUCCUUAGCCCGUCGUCGCUGUGUGAAAUGCAUGCUUCUGUAUAGUGCCGGACCCCGUGCUGGACUGGUUGCUGCCAUCAGUCAACCCCAGCCUGUUGUAGAAUGUUUAUGCGUCUAGUCCCGCCGCUGCCUGCCUGCCUGCCUGCCUGCCUGAUGUGCUGUGCUGUGCUGUGCCGCUGUAGUGUGUAUAUAUUAUAUUGAGAUUGCUAGUUGCAGGCACAGCAUCUGCCCAUACUCUCUUGUUGUACAGCGUACUCUCUUGUUGUACAGAGUCCUCACCCCUCCUUUUUUUCUUCUUUUUUUAUUAUCGGUUCUUGCCCUUCACUUGCCUUUAGGACACACAAAUAAAGUGACGAAUACAUGUAACAUUAGGCGUGCGUUGCGCCGCAACUUUUACUUUACCAUAACUUUCUUUGGGUCGACAUGUCGGAGCCCACACAUGGAAUGAUUUGAUGCAACUAGCUAUGAGGGAAGACCAUGACAUAUACACAUGUACUCUCCUUUUCGGGUGUUUUCCUUCUUCAUGAAACGAUCUAUCCAUAGCUGGUGCUGCUCAUGUAAAUGGAAGCUGUGUGCUUGCCUUGUUCAUAUUUGCUUGCACAUGUAGGUGCUGGGUUUCAUUCCGCUUUUUUCUGCUCUUUACCAUUUUGACAUUCUAGAUCAUGUUUUGCUGUCGAUUUUUUUGCACUUGAGUUGUUGUACAGAUACGUCAGCUAGCUCUCUUUGCUGUGCACAA